AUGGCACCUCACGUUCAAGAGCCCGCUGUCCCGAUUCCAGUCUCCAAGGCAAAGAGCGUGGUAUUCGACCACGACAAUGUCUCGAAGCCCGUCGCGGACGAUUUCAUGUACGACUUCAAGUACAACCACAGUCUGCCUACAACCGAUGUUUUGGGGGUUGACAUCCCCGCCGAUUGCGACGCCCAGAAGGAGGCUGAGGGUAUCGUAGCCCGUCUCGAAGCAGCGACAACAAAAAAGGACGCACAGGCUUUUGCUGCUCUGUUUCUUGAUUAUGGCGUCUGGCGUGACAAGCUCUCCUUCACCUGGGACUUCCGCACAUUCAACUUCAGAGCCGCCAUCUUAAAAGCCGCCACCGAUCUGCUGCCUCAAACGAAGGCCAGGAACUUCAGCUUCCUUAAGCCACCACCUUCAGUGUCUCGCCCAUACCCUGACUUCUCCCAGCUGCAAUUCGUUGUAUUCUUCGAGACUGAGAUUGUCCUUGCGUCAGCCGUGAUCAAUGCAGUCUUAACUAAAGAUGGCUGGAGAAUUUACACCAUGCAUACUGUUGCCGAGAGCCUCAAGGACUUCCCCGAACAGUCUGCACCAGAUGGACAUAUGACUGGUAUUACCAGCUGGGAGAGCCAGAGAUCCGAAGCCAUCAACACUGUCGACCCCGAAGUUCUGAUCAUCGGUGGUGGUCAAAAUGGUUUGGCAAUGGCAGCCCGCCUGAAAGUCCUCGGCAUGGAAAACCUCAUCAUCGAACGCAGCGCCGAAGUCGGCGACGUCUGGAAAAAUCGCUACGAAUACCUCUCCCUCCACUUCCCACACUGGCCCGACCACCUCCCCUACUUCCAAUACCCCCAGCACUGGCCCACCUACACACCAGCCCAGAAGCAGGGCUUGUACAUGAAGUGGUACGCCUCCGCGCUGGAACUCAACGUCUGGACCAAAUCACAGGUCAUCAAGGCCGAGCAGGACGGACAAGGUAACUGGACCGUCAUCAUUAACAAGGAUGGUGAAACCCGGAAAUUACAUCCUAAGCAGCUCAUCAUGGCUACAUCGCUCUGCGGCGUCCCCUAUACCCCGUCUGUACCAGGCAUGGCCGAGUUCCGCGGUAUAGUCCGACACUCCAGCGCACACUCCAGCGCGCGCCAAUUCGCCGGGAAGAAAGUCUGCGUCGUGGGAACCUCGUCAUCAGGCUUCGAUACGGCGUACGAGUGCGCGCGUCUCGGAAUCGAUGUUACGCUGCUCCAGCGCUCGCCUACCUACGUCAUGUCGUUGACCCAUUCUGUCCCGCUUAUGCUGGGCGGGUACGCGCCGGAUAGGAACGGGAGAUUGCCUGAUAUUGAGGUCCAGGAUCGGCUUAAUUUCGCUACGCCUGUUGGACCGGGGGAAGAGCUUGCUAGGCGGACUGCGAAGAAGUUAGAAGAGCUUGAUGGGUCGCUGCUUGAAGCUCUGAAUGCGCGUGGGUUGCGGACGUGGCGUGGUCAGCGCGAUACUGGGAAUUCUACGCUCGGUCAGACUCGCAAUGGAGGGUUCUAUUUUGAUGCGGGGGCCUGUGACGAGAUCAUUAAUGGUAAUAUCAAGGUGGAGGCUGGGUUCAUUGAGAAAUUCACUAAAGACAAGGUGAUACUGAACGGUGGCCGUGAGAGGGAGUUUGAUCUGGUAAUCUUUGCUACUGGGUUUUCGAACACGAUUGACUCGAUUCGAGGGACUUUGGGGGAGAAGAUGGCUAGCCAGUGUGGCCCGAUUUGGGGGAUUGAUGAGGAGGGCGAGUAUAAGACUGCGUACAAGGAGACGGGGGUUCCUAAUAUGUGGAUUAUGGUCGGAUUCCUGCCGAUGACGAGGUAUGCCUCGAGGUUUCUCGCUUUGAGGUUGAAGGCGCUGAAGGAGGGUAUCUCGCCGCCGCCUUACAAGCUUUAG